UUGUUUUUUUUUUGUCUCGCUUUUGCACCGCCAGGCUGAGUCUCGACCUGUCACGCCUCCACCCCUUAGACUAGGCUGCUGACUGUGUGCGCGCCGCCAUUGUCCUUUCCCUGCUGUCAUUGCUUCUUCCGGCCCACCCCUUGGUUUUAUCUCGCGUGCCCUGCUGCUGUUGCUGUUCCCUCUGCCCAACAUGUCCCGCAAGCGCCAACAGCAGGAACCAGCUCCCGACCCAGCCCCUGACGCCCCCUCCACGUCCAUAUCCACAUCCGGCGAGGAGCAACAGGAGGUGGCUACUGUCUCGGGCAGGCCAAGCAGCUGGAGCAAGGUUCCCAGUAGUAACGCCAGCGUUGAUGCGGCGGUGCACCGGCGCCGCAGAAAUAAGAGCAAGAUGGAAUCCACAUUGGCAUCCGAGCGCAGCCCGCUUCUCGACGAGGCGGGCCGAGAGACCUUCCGCGAUUCGGAUUCGGCCACGACGGCCGCUAGCACAAUGGCCUGGAGCCAAAGGAACCAAUGGAUCAUCUACGCUAUCGCGAGCGGCACUUGCGCUGCGCUGAACGGUGUCAUGGCCAAGCUAACGACCACCGAACUCACAACGAGCUUAUCUCAUCACAUUGCCGAUUUCCUGGGAUUAUCAACAGCCGGGGGAACCGUCGAAUUCGUAGUGCGCGCUACAUUUUUUGGGUUAAAUCUUGCGUUUAAUGGAGUGAUGUGGACGCUCUUCACCCAGGCUCUUUCUCGCGGCCACUCGACGACGCAGGUGUCCAUCAUGAACACGUCGUCCAACUUCGUCCUGACAGCACUGUUGGGACUCGUCAUAUUCUCCGAGUCGCUGCCGCCGUUGUGGUGGCUUGGUGCCUCCAUGCUGGUGGCAGGCAAUGUCAUUAUCGGCCGUAAAGACGAGGGCUCCGCGGGCGGAGACGCAGCCUGCGGAGACGCAGCCUGCGAAGAUGCCGAUGCUGAUGACGAUGCGCUAUCUGAGGCCGAGAGUGGCCGGAGCGAUUACGAGGCGAUCCCCCAGGUUGACGGCACAGUGACUCGGGUGGAAAAGGAUGACGAUGAGGAAGACAUCCCUCAGCUUGGGGAUUUGGAUCGGGAUCAUCAAAGGUGAAGUCAAACCGCUGGAUCUCGAUGCUUUUCUCUUCCAAUAUUUCCUGUCUCUUACAGACCGUUGGUUGCUAUGAAGGGCCGCUCCUGGACUGGUAUACUUGUUUACAUCGAUACUACUUUAGAUAGGCCUCCUAGACCUGUAUCGACAGACGAGAUAGCGAUAGAAAAUUGGUUAUUCUGCAAGCAACUUGGCGUCCUUCGUUU